GCGGCUCUCCUGGCAAAGAUGCGGCGACGCCAGCUGCUCAGCCCGCUGGUUCCGGCGGAGGCAGUCCUGAGGAGUUUUCCACGGGCGUCUCAUGCAGCCCUGGCUGUUCAAGCCGAGCACACGCUCACGGCGGCGGUCCGCGGUGCCGCCCGGAUCUGGGUGGUGCGCGAUGGUGUUGUGGUGGCCCGGACGCUUGCGUUUGAGGACCCGGACACCAUUCGCAGCUUCAACCUGCGUGUGAGGCCUGGCGACACUCUGGGGCUCGAUGCUGCGGGAGCCAGGUCUGAAGACUCCCACCUCGUUGAGGCUUUGGAGGAUGAUGACGCCAGUGCCAUGGUUCUGAGGAUUGAGUUGAUGGCGGCAGAGGAGGUCUUCGAGCCCUUGCAGCCGGACUCACCGCACCCCUCUUGGCGUCAUGCGAUCUUCAACGAGUAUGGAACGCACGACAAGAAGCUUUGA